AUGAUUUCAUCUUAAAAUUUCGAAAGCGACCCUUAUACACUAAUUAUAACUAAAAGAUAAAUAUUUGGUUCUGAGAAUGAAUCUAAUUUGCAUAAAAUAAAUAAAUAGCAUUCUCUGAUGAAUUAAGAAGAUAAUUUAAGUCAAGAGAACAAACACUUGAAUUUUAUAGAGCUGAUUUAAUCAAGAAGUUCUAUGAUUCCAACAGUUAAAGUGGUAUCACCUGAAAAUGAAUAGAUUUUGUAAAAUGAGGAUGGGUUUUAUUUCUAAUCUAGUUUGCAUCUCAACGAGGGUUUGAAUCCAACUUGGCAGAAGGGAGGAUUGAAAAUAAUCAAUUACGUUGCGAAGUUCAUGUACCAACUGAAAACUAAAGCAGACAAACUAAAGAUUAAGCUUAUGAAUUAUGAGAUAUUUAUGAAAUUAGGGGAUAAAAGUGGUGAUUUUUAAAAUUUUAAGAAAGGCAAUCAGAAAUAAAAAUUAAAUAAUUUAAUUCAUCUAAUUUUUAAUAAGAUGAUUUUCUAAAUUAUUUAAAUAUGGAAUUUAAUCAGCCAAAGUUUAAAUAAAAUAGCCAUUAUCUAUCCUGAAAGUACUUUCAAGAUUAUUUGGGAUUCCGUUGUGGUAUGUUUCAUAGUUAUUAACAUAUUUUUCAUCCCUAUGAGUUUGAGUUUUGAAUUGGACAAAUCUAGUUAAAUAUCCACCCUAUUAUUUGAAACUAUCCCCAGUUACAUUUUUAUUGUUGAAAUCCUUCUGAACUUUAACACUGCUUAUUAUAGUUAAGGCAUUAUUCAUACCAAUAGGAGCCAAAUCUUUUUCCAUUAUUUAUCUAAUAAUUUCAUUUGGGAUUUACUAAUAGCAAUACCAUUUAUUUUAGCCUAAUUUAAUAUACCUUACAUUCAAUUUAUUUUGCUAUUGCGGAUAGCACGAGUGAGAUCUAUGAUAUAAAAUGUGGAAGAUCUAUUAAAUGCCAAAGAAGAGGUUUAGGCUGUAAUUGAAUUAGGAAAACUCGUAUACUUUUUAGUUUUAGUUGCUCAUAUGUGUAGUUGUGGAUGGCAUCUAUUGGGUAGAAUUGAGUAUGAGGUUUAUUAGGAUGAAAAUAGUUGGCUCAUCUAUUAUGGUCAUUAUGAUUAGUAGUGGUAUGAUAGAUAUAUAGUCUCAUUGUAUUGGAGUGUUAUAACAACAUUGACAGUGGGCUACGGAGAUAUUGUACCGCAAACUACAAUUGAAAGACUGUAUGUAGUUAUAGUAGCUAUGGUAUUAUGCGGAGUGUUUGGUUAUAUUAUUUCCAUGAUCGGAGAAAUCUUAAAGACUUUGGGAGAGAAGAAAGCUUUAUUGAAAAGAUCUAUGAAAAAAGUCAACUAAUACAUCAAAUAGAAGCAAUUAAAUAUCUAAUUAUCACUUAAAAUUAGAAAGUAUUUUGAAUUUAAACAUCAAAUCGAUGAAUAAUUAUAAGAGUAGGACGAUUCUGUCUUAAAUAAAUUAAGUGGAUCAUUAAAAUAGGAAGUACUGAUUGAUAUCUACAAACCAAUUCUAAUGAAAUCGAAAUUCCUAAAGGAGAAUAUCCCAGAUUAUCUAAUAAAUAAUUUAUGCUAAAGGAUUAAACAGGCAACAUUUGCCCCAGGGUUUGAUAUAGUCAAUGUGUAUGAUCCAGCUACAAAGUUGAUAUUCAUUUUAGAUGGCCAAGUUAAUAGUUACUUUAUUUCUAAAGGAUUUGAUGCUUUAUAGAGAAAUGAAAAGGAAAGUAACUCUGGGAUGAUGCAACGCAAUUAUUAAAGAGGUGAUAUCAUAGGAGAAUUAGAAUUUAUUAUCAAUUCAUCCUAUCAAUUUUACUUUAAGGCACAAACGGUUUUAUCUAUUGUAUAUAUUGAAAGAAGUGACUUCUUAUAAGUUAUCUAAGAAAAUGAAGAAUGUAGAUAAAAAUUUCAUCAAUUAAGGGAAAAGUUAACCUAUCAAAAAACGUAUGGUAGAACUUGCGAUGUUUGCAAAUGGACUCAUAGAUAUAAGGAUUGUCCAUUUGUAUUCUAUCAAACAAAUAUUUAUAAAAUAGCAAGAAAUGCAAAUAUAAGUUAAAAUCACUAAAGACUUAAAUUUGAUAGGCCGAGAGAUACGAGAAAAAAACAAACUAACAAUGAUCAUUACAAUAUAUUAAAUUAAAGUAUUGACUUUAUUAUAAAUAAUGGAUACUUAAAUGAAGAUUAAUUAAAUGAAUCCUAUCUCAUUAAACUAGGAUUUGAUAUCUAAGAAGGCUUUUAUGAAAAAUCUAUAUAAUCUCAAGAGAGCUAGUCCUAAGAGUCUCAUUAAUAGGAUAAUCAUUCUGUAGCCCAAAGGAAAUGUUCAUCUCAAAUUGAAAAAGUGAGAGCAAGCUUAAAGAAUUAAAAACUAAAAUCAGGAUUAGGUUAAAAUCAAAAUUUGACUAGAAAUUAAAAUUUCGAUGAUGAUUCAAAUGGAACAUAGUACAAUCCGUAUUUCUAACUCUAACGUAAGACUGAAAAUGAAAUUCAAAUUGAACCUAAAGAAUCUUCCAAUUCAAACCCAUUUUCCAACCAUCGUAAUCUAACCAAUAAUACAAUAAAGCAGAAUCACAAUCUCCAUUCUUAAGGAAAUUUAAAAUCUUCAGUUGCAAAUCACAUAGCAAGAACAGAAACUUCCAUGGCCAAAAAGUCCCUUAUAAGUUAAUAAAAGCCCAUUCAUCAAUCUUUGAAAAUAAACAACAAUAAUAAUAAUCUAGAAAAUGAUACUGAAAAGAGCCAAUAGCAACAUUAAUUAUAACCUGGUGGAACCAUUUAUUAUAUUCCAGAACUAGAGUUUGAUAAAAUGAAAAAUUAUGACUUCUAUUUUCCACAGUUUAAUGUUGUGAAUAUUUUAGAGUCUUUGAAAAAAUAUCGCGUUAAUUAAUUUAACGAGAUCAAAAAGAAAAAUAUUAAGGAAAAAUUAAAGUCAAUCAGAUAAAACAAAACUAUGAGCAAAUGCUUUAAUUCAUCAUUCAGAAAUGUAGAUGAAAGUACUUGA